AUGGCGUCAAUUGAGGAAGAUGAUGAAUCUUAUCAGCCUGAAUCCUCGGAUUAUAAAUUAAAUGAAUUUGAUGAUAGCUUAAUUACAAAAGCAAACCUAAAAAUUCAAAUUCAACAUGAAAGAUUACAACAAAUGGAUAAAGAACUUGGUUUAAUAAAAUUAUCAUGGCCAACAAAUGGAUCUUACGAUCCAGGAUCAUCGAUUCAGCUACCAUCAACCUAUCAAUCAAACAAUGAAAAAGAAAAAUUAUUAUUAUGGUAUGCUGAAAAUUUUCGUAAACAAUAUAAAAUUAUUCAUCCUCAACGUAAACCAAUUGUUCUUGCUGUUGAAAACGAGUGCAACAUUCAGAAAUUUGUAUCAACGAGUAUUAGACCAAGUACACUGCCAUAUCCGGAAUUCCAAACUUGGCAUGGUUCUGCAAAAUUUGUCAGCGAUUAUGUUACAUACGAGCCAAUGAGGAGACCCCUUUCAUUGGUAAGUUUUCAUAUUCUUAAUCUAAUUAUUUUCUAAUAAUAUCUCACAACAAUUGAGACUUGUUAUCCAUCAACCCAUUACUUCUCUUUCAAAUAAUAAAUACAAAAAAAAAAUGAUCAAAGCUCGAAACAAUUUUUUUUUCUGAUUAUUUUAAUUUUUUUUUUUUCUAUCAACUAUUGAUAUGAAGCUUCGCACUGGUUAACUGAUCGAUUGACUUCAAAUGAUAAUUAUUAUUAUUGUUAUUAUUUACGACUAUUAUGACUAUUAUUUUUUUUAAUUAUUACAAUUAUUUUUUUUUUUUAUUUUUUUUAUUAUUUUUUGUUGAAACAUUUGGUCAUGUACAAUCGCCUGGAUGACAA